AUGGAGGAGAGGGGGCCUCCCUCCAGUUCCCAUGUUUCCGGUGACUACCCCCCUAAUUCCACCCACAAAUACCAUAGCAUUCCCGACACCAACAACUUCCAAGACACCCCUACGGGGACUUACGUCGUCCAAGUCCAUAAAGAUCGAAUUUACAGAACCCCACCACCGGAAAACGCUUUGAUCGUGGAACGUUAUCGUAAUUCUCCUGCUAAGAAACAAUCUAAUUGUAUUAAAUAUGUGUUGAUUUCCAUCGCUAUUAUAGUUCUCCUUCUGGGAUUCAUAGGUGGGAUUAUGUUAAUCGUGAUCAAGAAAGAUGACCCUAGAUUUCACGUAGAACGUGUACGUGUUAACACAAAAGAAAAAACCCGACAAAAGAAAACUGAUUUCGACAUCACGUUGGCAUCAAGAAACCCUAAUGCUCACACGAUCAUAUCAUUUGAUGAUCAUGGAAAAGCUGCUUUGUCUUUUAAAGAGAAGAUUCGCCAUUGGAAAGUUUCCAUCAGCUGA